CUUAUUCCUCAAAAACUCCAUAUAUAUAUACGUAUACUUCAACCUACCCCUUUCCCAAUCCUCUCAAUACACCUUCCUCAAAAAACCAAAACAACAAGAGAAAAAAACAACCCCUAUUACCUGCAAAACAGAGUCUUCAAAAAUACACCUUUAUUUUUACACCACUUUCUUGAACACACACCUAAAAUUUACAAACAAAAUGACUGUUUCAAAGAUUUCUUCGUCCAUUUUCUUGAUACUUGUAUUGGUCUUAGCUUCCUUUUCUUCCUCAGCGGAAGCAAGAAAGUUAUUGAAAGUUGCAAGUUUGGAGGACAGGUUAUAUCUAAAUGCCCUGCCUAAGGGUAACGUCCCAGCUUCUACACCUAGCAAGAAAGGUCACUCUUAUACAACCGAUGAAAAGCUUAUCGCUCGUCACCUUGCUGCCAUUGAUCGGAUUCUCCGGUCAGUUCCUAGCCCCGGAGUUGGCCAUUAAUUAAAUAACAGGCACGCGGUCAGAGUCUCGACUCCUUCAACUCAUGUUCUACACAUAUAACCUUUUUUUGUUUUUUUAGGGGGGUUUUCUUUCUAUUUUUUAUUUUACAGUUUUGGAUUCAUUUUCUUGAUGGAGGAAAUUAAAUUAGGUCAGGAUUUGUAAACACAACAUAAUGGAAAAAUGUACAGCUGGAGAGUGAUGGUAUACCAUUUUUUAUUUAUAUUAUAUUAUUUUGGAGCUGUACGCAACUUAUACUUUUGAUUUUUUUUUUCGUUGUUAGGAUGAUUUGAUCAUUGGUUCAUUUAUUUCUAGGUGGAAUAAAAAACGUACCAUGAAUCACGAGUCUGUAUUUUUUGAUUGAAAUGAAAAUAUUACCAUUU